GUGUUGGAUAUGCCAAUGUUGAGCACAUGGUGCCAGUAAAUGAAAAUACAGUUUUUCGAAUAGCGAGUAUUAGUAAGCCGUUUACCUCAUUAUUGGUUGGAAGAUUAUUUGAUCAGCACAAGUUAGAUCUUGACGAAGAUAUCCGAGCCUAUUUACCUGAGUUUCCAGAGAAAAUAGUCGGUAAAACAUACGCAAAAAUAACUGUUCGAUCAUUGCUCAAUCAUACCAGUGGUAUUCGUAGUUAUAAAAAAAGUUCAGAUGAAAAUAAACAAUCAUCGUAUCCAGAAAUGUUGAAUACUGUUCGUUUUAACGAUACAUUAACUGCUUGUGAUAUGUUUAAAAAUGAUGCAUUACUUCAUGCACCUGGUAUUGAAUACACCUAUAGUACAUUUGCAUUCACAUUAUUGUCAGCAGUUAUUGAAAAAAUUUGUUUAAUGAAAGGUAGUUUAUUUGAUCAACCAUUGCCAACUGUUAAAGGUGAAUUAAAGUCAUCUUGUAAUGAAGGAAAAGAACCUAAAAAUAAUUUACCAAAAUGGGCAAGAUUUGAUAAAAAUCUGUUAAGACUUUUUCAAUAUCUCAAUUUGAAUCAUACCUAUUUAGAAUAUCCAGAGAAGAUAAUUUCUUCAAGAGCUGCUCAGUAUUGUCGUUCAAAUAAAGGUCAACUUGUGAACACUCCAACGAUUGAUAAUUCAUAUAAAUGGGCUGGUAGUGGUAUUCUUUCUACAGCUAGUGAUUUAAUUUGUUUAGCUGAUCAUUUAGCAUUUAUUUAUAUGGGUUGGCUUGAUUCAUAUGGGAUUGUAAAACAAUCUACUUUAAAUCAAUUAUUAUGGAAAGUUUCUUGUGUACCACCAGAUCGAGGCACAUUACCUGGUUUAGGUUGGUUUUUAGCCAGGCGUUCAGGUGAUCCAGCAACUGAAGAAAAUGGCUAUCCAGAUCGAUUAUAUGCAUUACAUACAGGUGGUGCAGUGGGCGGGACCACUGUUCUCUUGCUUAGUCUUCCCUUGUUAAAUAAUAUUCAUAAUGAUCAUGUUCCCAGUAAGACAAAUCAAGCAAACACUAUUACUGCCAAAGAGAGUAAUUCUUUCUUAUCAAUUCAAAAAAUCUAUCCCAUCCCCGUCGCCAGUUUAUUGUGUUUGUGCAAUCUAUACAAUGACCUUGAUGAUCGCUAA